GUCAAGUUUGCAGUUUGCGCGUGAAUGUACAUAACAUCGUAAGAUGGCUAACUCAAAGGAAAAUAAAAGUUGGGUUAUGCCAUCAUUUGAUUGUGAACCUUUAAAAAAAUCUUCAACUAUAAAAAGUACUUUAUCGCAGACAUUAGAAAGGAAUACAUUCGAUGUUUCAUUUAGCUAUGACAUUAUACCUCAGAAGAAAAGUACAAGCAAUUUGUUUGCUUUACUGGAAGCUUCUGAACCAAAAAAGCCUUCUGAAUUAGUAGUUAGCAGGCAAAAACAACAAGAGAUUGCAGACUGGUUACAAUAUAAAGUUAGAAAAGGCAGACCUUGUGCAUUAAUUUUAUCUGGUGUAUCUGGCUGCGGAAAGACAGCAGCAUUAAGAGUAAUUUCCAAAGAAAAUGGUUUUAAUGUUACAGAAUGGAUUACUCCUAUUGAUCAAGCAAUGGAUGAAAAUAAUAGGGUACCGAGACAAGCAGAUAGAUUUGAAGAGUUUGUAAUUAGAGCUACUAGAUACAGCUCAGUUUUGAGUAAUUGUCACAAUCGUCUACUCCUUGUAAAGGAUUUCCCAAAUGUUUUCAUUCAAGAUAAGGAUAGCUUCUUCUCCCUACUGGAAAAAUACUUUGAAAUGGGUAAAGAACCUAUAGUUUUUGUAUGUACAGAAACAGGAAAUUCAAGGUUAUUGCAAACAUUAUUUCCUCCAAAUAUAAGAGAAAAAUUUGGUGUGGAUUUAAUCAAAAUAAAUCCUGUUACACAAACUGCAAUGAAAAGUGCAUUGAAACGAAUUGGGGGUAUAUUAAAUUCAAUUGCUGAUCACAUGAUAUGUGUCUCACAAGACAAAAUUGAUGAAAUAAUGUCAAAUAGUAUAGGAGAUAUCAGAAAUGCUAUCAUCAAUCUUAUAUUCAUUUCAUUGAAAGUACCAGAGAAACAACAAGAAAAGAAAUGCAAUGUUCGAGAAACAACUCUAGGGCUUCUGCAUGGAGUUGGACAAGUAAUUAAUCCAAAAAAAAUUCAGAAUGGAAAUUCAUGGAAAUUUGUUCAUGAUCCUGAUAAUAUUACAUCUUAUUUUCAAUCGCAAGCGACAGUAUUCUUAAAUUUUCUUCAAGAGAAUUAUUUGAACACUAUCAGAGGCAUAGAGGAAGUGAAUAUCUGUGCAAAUAUUUUAAGUUUAGCAGACACUUUAAAUUCUGAAUGGCGUGAUCCUAAUUUAACUAAGGUUACGUUAUCGUUUUGUGUCCGAGGUGUAAUGGUAGCGAAUGUAAAUCCAAUUUCCGGGUGGAAUCCCGUUAGAAAACCACAGAAUGAACGAACUGAAAUGCAAAGAAGUUUAGCGGCCGCCGAAAUUCGAUGGUACGAAUCCAUUAUUAACUCAAAAUCUAAAGCAACGGAAAAAUUACUUGAUAUUGAUAUGGAAGCAGUUAUUGAAUAAAUCCCAUAGAAAUUGAAAUUGCAAAUAAGAAGGGUGCAUUAU